AGAAAAUUGGCUGAAGAAGACGCCAUUAGAAAAAUCAAGAAGAUGGAAGAAACUAUUUCAGAAUUAACCAAGAAUUUAUCAUCUCAAAAACAGAGAGAAGAGGCUUUAUUAAAUGAUUUAGAAGUGACAGGUCAGGCGUUUGAAGAUAUGCAGGAACAAAAUACACGAUUAUUACAACAGCUACGAGAAAAAGAUGAUGCUAAUUUUAAACUCAUGUCUGAGAGAAUAAAAUCUAAUCAAAUACAUAAAUUAUUACGAGAAGAAAAAGAUGUACUAGCUGAACAAGUAGCUACCCUACAAACACAGGUUGAGGCUCAGAAUUUAGUAGUGAGAAAACUAGAGGAGAAGGAAAGAAUAUUACAGAAUAAUCUACUUACUGUCGAGAAAGAAUUAGGUUUCACCCAACAAGCUAUGGAAAUGCAGAAAAGAAAAGCUGUAGAGAGUUCACAAACUGCUGCUGAUUUGAAACUACAUUUAGAUAAAUAUCAGUCACAAUUAAAAGAAUCUCAGCAAGCAGUGUCUGAGAAAACUGGGUCCCUGGAACAAGAAGCAUUUAAAUACAAGAGAAUGCAGGAAGAGAUAGCUAAACUACAACGUAAAUUAGAGAGAAGUAAAAAGAUAGAAAUGGCGGGAGCAGCUGAUGAAGUUUUAUUAGAAGAAAUCAAAGAAUAUAAGGAACAACUGACUUGUCCUUCGUGUAAAGUAAAUAAGAAAGAUGCUGUACUCACCAAAUGUUUCCAUGUCUUCUGUCUGGAAUGUCUUAAAACCAGAUAUGAAACCAGACAAAGAAAAUGUCCCAAAUGUAAUGCUGGAUUUGGUGCCAAUGAUUUCCAUAGACUGUAUUUAUCAUGA